GCCGCGUCACGUGACGGCGGCGGAGGGAACGCGGUGGGGGAGGGGAGCGGCGCUGACAGCGGUGAGGCAGCGGCCGGCCCCGCCGCCAUGGGCAUUAAAUUUUUAGAAGUUAUUAAGCCAUUCUGUGCAGUUUUACCUGAAAUCCAGAAGCCAGAAAGAAAGGUGAGUGCUACAUUGUGUUUUUACUUUAAUUUGUUCACAGAUAAGAGAAUGUUGUGGUGCUCAACUCCACACCACAGUACAAAUGCAGUUAGUGGGCCCUAAAGUAGGGCAUAUCCUUUGGAAGAGAGGAAAACCACAUUAAGGCAUAAGAUAAUCAUAAUAAUAAAUUCUUAACAGCCUUCUGACAGAUUCUUCCAUGUGCUAAUGGUACUAACUCUUUUUUUUUUUUUAAAUGUCUUAUCCGUAGACAUAACUUUAUUGUAUUCAGUUCCUAUGACGACGUGUAUUUUAAUGUUCUAGAGUGGAAUUUUCAGGCUUUUUUUCCUGUGGAUACCACUCUUGGAAUUGGCUUUAGAUACUGUUGACAGCUAUAGGCUUUGAGUUAGCUUAGGCAUUACUUUUAAAGGGCCUGUGCUGUAAUUCAGAAACCACACAUUUAAUUCUUUCUUUUCCUCAAAACAUUUCCUCCUCCUAUAGCCGUGUUUCCACUUGAUGAGGUGGGAAAGUGAUUUGUGAUAAGGUUCCAAUGACUUACUAGAUGUGACACUUUUCUUUGUUCUGAGACCAAUGAGAUGAUUUCAUUUACAUCUGAUCUAUCCCCAUAGCCCUAGAACCCAUUUAUCUGCCUGUUUUCUCAAUCAAAAUUAGUUAGUUUCUGUAGAUCAGGAUGUGACUGGCCCUGUCAAAAAAUAAUGAAAAUAAGUUUUUUACUAAUACUCAAGCAGUCAUGCAUCACCUAGGUGGCAAAGGUUCUAGUUAGAGUAGAGUAUUAGAUAAGAGGUAAAUGUUGAUUUUUAUUGUUAAAAAGAAAUGCAUAGCUGUGAGCAUGAUACCAUCCUGGAGAAUCUUCUCACACUGCUGAGAAAUUCCUCAGGGUUAGGGCUGGAUGCAGAGAUGGUUUUUCCAGUACCCACGUGCUGGAUUGAAUGGAAAAGAUACGGUAAAAACUGCUGAUUGUCCCACUCUGGGGCUUAUUUUUAAGAAGAUGGGGUUGAUCCCUUGGCUCUUUGCCCUAUCUGCCAUUCCUUGCUGAUUCCCAGUGUCUUUCUCUCUCGGGACAGAUCUUCAAACAAGUGAUACCAAUCAGACAAAGGCCUCUUGAGUCUCCAGAGCCAGACCUUGUGCUAAGAUCGGGAUGCACCUGAUUGAGUGGAAGAUAACCCACUGUAUUUCUGCAAUUCCCAACUUCAGUGCAAUCUUCUCAUGCUUGUUUGUGGCAUAUUUUUGAUGAGUUGGUUACAUCCAUCUGUCCCAUUUCUUCUAGUGAAGUGGGGUUGAUGAGAAAGCCAAGACAUGUCUACAGAUACUGAGGUUUCUGUAAAGCUCAGCAGCAGUUGUGAUUUUCUAUUGGUUUCUUCCUCUCUCUGAGGAAGGAAAGGGUAGGAAGAGAGACUUGAUUUGUCAGUGUCUUCCAUCAGCUGGUGAAGGAUGCCCAGGGCCCUUCCUGUCCUUGCUACUUGGGUCACUUUGUCUCUUUCACUAUCUAGGUCACUGGCUAAGCAAUGAUAGUCUGUUGCCAGCUUUGUACAAAUUUGAAGUGAAAGAUACACUUGGGAAUGUCUUUUCUAGACAGGAGUCUUUUGACCAUUUUACAUUAUGUUCCUUGCUUGUGUAUAGUCUAUCAAAUGACUUAGGUCAUUCUGUUUAACAACAGGUCUUUUUUAUUUAUUGUUUUCUUGCAAGCUGUCACUGGCAGGCAUCAUUAGUAAUUAUUUCAGUGGGGAAGUUAAGGCCAGGACAAGAAACGAAGAUAACAAGGUAGAAAAAAAAUCUCUAAACUUAUUGUUUUGUGAUUGUUCAGGGAACACAAAUUUUCCACUCAGGUGGGCUCUCAUUGGACCUUUUUCCAUUAUUUUUGAUGAAGGAAGUGGGCUUUUUCUGUCACUAGGGAGUGUUGCUUUUGUCAUUUGGCCAUGUUGAUUAACAGAAGCAAGUGCUGCUUUUUUGUAGUUAGUUACGUUUGUUCAUACUACAUGCACAGAUUUUUCAGAUACUUCACAGAUACGAAGUAGAACACACUGUUCAGAACACCAGGAUGAUGGGGCUCAAGUCCAUUUAUUUUCACGAGCUGUAAGUGAGAAAAAUACCAAAAGAAGAAAAUGUCCAGUUGAAUCUGAUCAGACGGUGAAAUGUUCUCUUUUUGUGCUUGUUAUCAUUUGUGGCUGGAAUAUUUUGGUACCAGUUGGUAUUUUGCUGUUCUUGGCAUAUGGAUUCAAAUGCCUCCUUUUUCUUUUCUCUUCUUUUUACUUCUUUGUAUCGCAGAGACUGUUCCUUCUGAAUCAAGCGUGAUUCAGGUGUUGGAGGAUUUCUCUAAUGCUCAUGUUCACUUUAGUUGAAUUGAGAGCCUGGGUAGUUUAAGAGACUGAUACCCCAGCAGCUGAUGUUAAGCUUUGGGCUGCAGAAACAGUUCUGCUCAACAUUUUUCUUUUUUAAAGUCUGUACUUCAAGUCUGAACAAUGGAAUUGAAACAGCGCUUGGUAAAGUGGGUCAGCACUUCAUAAAAUCUAACACAAGACACUGGAUUUAUUUGCUGCUGUCACUAUUUUUCUUUUUUUAACUUUGUACUGUAUGUAUUUUUAGCAUCUGGCCUCUUUUAGAAGUGAGCCUGUAUCAGUAAAUACAUUAAAUUACUGGAACUACUUUGCCUCAAAUUAAGUGUAUGCUUUCACUCACAAAGUUGCAGACUAAUUCUGAAUUUCUUUUGUUUGAGGAGUUGUCCAGCUGCCUCAGUUUACAGAUUCUUGUUUGUGGGUGUUCAGAGCCUGUAAAACUAGCCACUAACCUUUUCUCUUGUUACUUCUCUACAGGCAGCUUCAGUGGUUGGAAGCAGAAAUGCAUUACUUGUGCUGUAUCUGUUUUGUGUGUCAGUUCAUGUCUCAUUUCAGUAGCUGCUGUGCUCUUGUCUGCAGUGAACACACUUAUCCCAGUGUUUACGGUCCAUGGAGGAGAGAUCCAGUUCAGAGAGAAGGUGCUAUGGACAGCUAUCACUCUCUUCAUUUUCUUAGUGUGCUGUCAGAUUCCUUUGUUUGGAAUCAUGUCAUCAGAUUCUGCAGAUCCUUUCUACUGGAUGCGAGUCAUUCUUGCAUCAAACAGAGGUACGUUGAUGGAAUUAGGUAUCUCUCCCAUUGUGACAUCUGGUUUGAUCAUGCAGCUGCUGGCUGGAGCAAAGAUCAUUGAAGUUGGUGAUACACCGAAAGACAGAGCCUUGUUCAAUGGAGCUCAGAAAUUAUUUGGGAUGAUUAUUACCAUCGGGCAAGCCAUUGUCUAUGUUAUGACUGGAAUGUAUGGAGAUCCUGCUGAAAUGGGUGCUGGCAUUUGUCUUCUCAUUAUAAUUCAGCUGUUUGUUGCUGGCUUGAUUGUGCUGCUGUUAGAUGAGUUGCUACAGAAAGGUUAUGGGUUGGGAUCUGGUAUUUCCCUAUUUAUUGCCACCAAUAUCUGUGAAACCAUUGUCUGGAAGGCUUUCAGUCCCACUACCAUCAACACUGGCAGAGGAACUGAGUUUGAGGGCGCUGUGAUUGCAUUAUUUCAUCUUCUGGCUACACGAACCGACAAAGUCCGUGCUUUGCGGGAGGCUUUCUACCGACAGAAUUUGCCCAAUCUCAUGAAUCUGAUUGCAACAGUGUUUGUAUUUGCCGUAGUCAUCUAUUUUCAGGGCUUUCGUGUUGAUUUGCCUAUCAAGUCUGCGCGAUACCGAGGGCAGUACAGUAGCUAUCCUAUCAAGCUCUUUUAUACCUCCAACAUUCCCAUCAUUCUGCAGUCUGCCUUAGUUUCAAACCUCUAUGUUAUUUCCCAGAUGUUGUCUGUUCGUUUUAGUGGCAACUUCUUGGUGAACUUAUUAGGACAGUGGGCAGAUGUCAGUGGCGGUGGCCCUGCUCGUUCUUACCCUGUUGGUGGUCUGUGCUACUACUUGUCCCCUCCAGAAUCCAUGGGUGCAAUAUUUGAGGAUCCUGUCCACGUAAUAGUUUAUAUAAUUUUUAUGUUGGGAUCCUGCGCUUUUUUCUCGAAGACUUGGAUCGAAGUGUCUGGUUCAUCAGCAAAAGAUGUUGCCAAGCAACUCAAAGAACAGCAAAUGGUGAUGAGAGGCCACAGGGAUACUUCAAUGGUUCACGAGCUUAACAGGUAUAUCCCUACAGCAGCUGCAUUUGGUGGUUUGUGCAUUGGUGCCCUUUCAGUUCUGGCUGACUUCCUAGGAGCCAUUGGGUCGGGCACUGGCAUUCUGCUUGCAGUCACCAUUAUUUAUCAGUAUUUUGAAAUAUUUGUAAAAGAACAGGCAGAAGUUGGAGGAGUAGGAGCGUUAUUUUUCUAGAUGUCCAAAUAUUUCAUGGUUUGUGUGAAAGGGAAAGUAUUUCGACAACAUGAGUCAUUUAGUCCAACAAUGCUAUUUUCUUUGUACUUGUUUUCAAGUGCUACAUGUCCCAUUGCUGUAAUGGGCCUUGAGCAAUGCCUGCGUGCAGCAUCAGUACCAGCUGCCUUAAGAAUAAAGUUUACAUUAUCUUGUUUGAGUAUAUCUAAUGUUGCCUGUAAUGCUGGAAACCAAUUCAUCUACCUUGCUGUUCAGACACUACAGUGAGAUGGUAAAAUGUAUCAGUUCGGCGUUGGGAAACAUUUUUGCACACAGCAUAAAGAUGUUAAAUUUAUUUCCCUAUCCUUAGUAGGAAAAAAAAUAAUCUGAGUUCAGAAUGCCACGUGCCAGUAUUCUUGAAAGAGUUUAUCUGUAGCUUGUACCUUAAUUUUUUUUUUAUACUUUUUUAACUUGUAUUUUGCCAUAUUUGAACUCAGCACUCCUUCCUCCUUGGUGGUGUCCCCACCCAGGCACCUGCCCCUUAGCUCUAAGGCUGGACAAGCAAACAUUUUACCAGAGGCUGAUACCCAUCUCACCUGUGAACUGGUUUUGUGGUGGAUUUGCUGCAUCGCAAGGACUGGGGCACGUCAGUUUCUUGCCCUGGGCUUCCUGUGAGACAGCAUGGUACUGCUGUCAUGCUGCCAAGUCAGCCCAGUAGUUUUGUUUUAAACAUGUACUUGUGAAAACUGUGCCACUGAAACUUCAUGUCCACUUUGCUUUUGUGAGUCUAAAGAACAAAGCCUGGUUCCUAAAGCAGUGUUCAUAGAAGGGAGGGGGGGGGAACGUGAAGUUCCUGCUGAAAAUCUAUUUAUGUUGUCGCACUUUACAGUGGCAACGUAACAAGUGUAAACGUUAGACAAUAAACUUAUUUAAUUAAGCUCU